GGACAGACUAAUCGUUCAAAGGAGUCGGCUGACCUCUCCCUCUCUGUCGUUGAGAAAUAACAAGUCACUAACACCUUGACAAAAUAAGCUCACCCAAUUAUUCUUGACUAUAAGCACUAACAACACUCCUUGACAAAAUAACCUCACCAAUCUUGUAGGUCAUUUACUCCUUUCUUGAUUUCUUAAAAUGCUAGGAUAAAGAGGCAUUACCAUAACCAUAAGCAUUUUUUUCUUGGAGUUUUACCGAAAGUAAGAGGGUCAGUUUCUGCCAUGAAAAAGCUCGACAAACAGACAAAAUGGUCAGAGCCCGAUUCUGCAUUAGUGAGACACAGGCUCUGCAGCAGCAAGAGCGCCCUUAAGACAUCAUCAACAGUUGUUAUGAUGGAGUCAAUGGAGUCUUGUGUCCCACCUGGAUUCAGGUUCCAUCCAACCGAUGAAGAGCUUGUUGGCUAUUAUCUAAGGAAGAAAGUUGCAUCACAAAAGAUUGAUCUUGAUGUUAUUAGAGAUAUUGAUCUUUACAGAAUUGAGCCAUGGGAUCUACAAGAGAGAUGCUGGAUCGGAUAUGAAGAGCAGAAUGAGUGGUACUUCUUUAGCCACAAGGAUAAGAAGUAUCCAACAGGGACAAGGACUAAUAGAGCAACCAUGGCUGGCUUUUGGAAGGCUACCGGGAGAGACAAGGCAGUGUAUGACAAAAAAAAACUCAUUGGCAUGAGGAAAACCCUUGUCUUCUACAAAGGAAGAGCCCCAAAUGGGCAGAAAACUCACUGGAUCAUGCAUGAAUACCGGCUUGAAUCAGAUGAGAAUGGUCCUCCACAGGAAGAAGGAUGGGUAGUUUGUCGUGCAUUUAAGAAGCGAACUACUGGCCAAACCAAGAGCAUUGAAGGGUGGGACUCAAGCUACUUCUAUGAGGAAUCAAGUGGGGUUAGCUCAGUGGUGGAUCCUAUUGAUUAUAUAGCAAGGCAACCUCAAGGCUUUUUGGCUCAUAAUUUCUUGUGUAAGCAGGAGAUAGAAGGAGAUAACUUAAGUUUCAUGCACUCAGAAAAUUUUGUACAGCUUCCUCAGUUAAAGAGCCCAUCUGAGCCAUUAAUAAAGAGGCCAACCUCGUCAAUGUCUUUGAUAUCAGAGAAUAAGAACAGUAACAAUGAAGAGGUAGAGCAAAAUGGAUUGUCCAACAACAACACCCAGAAAGUAACUGACUGGAGAGCCCUUGACAAGUUUGUUGCUUCUCAGUUGAGUCAAGAAGAAAGAUAUGAUGGUGAUGGUGUUUCAAGCUUUGUUGGGGCAGAAAAUAACUCAGAUUUGCCAUUUCUGUUGUUGCAAAGUGUUAGAGAUGACGGGAACAAGUUUAAUGGAUUCUUAAGUUCAAGUUCUGACUGUGAUAUUGGAAUAUGCAUAUUUGAAAAAUGAAGAGAGGGGUUUGAAGAAGUUUUUUCUCUCUGGUAGUACGUAUGUAUUAUUAAUGUUUUAUGAACCCUGAUGAUAUAUAUUUGUAAGAAUAUAUGUGGUUUUCAUGAUUGAAAAUUAAAUUAA